UUCCUGAUAACCCCCCCGCGCGAGCAGCACAAGUGGUGAAAGCCACUACGUACUGGCUAAUGAUUGGCACGCUUGACAGUGAUUGGCAGGGCUGCCAUGACAACCCCACAACGACACCAAGAAGACCAAUAGAAAAGCGAAACAAAAUAUUUCAAUGCUACACUCACGCGUGGAUUUUUAGGGGGAGAUAUUAUGAGGCUGGUGUCAUUAGGCGAUAGCUAUUGAAUCAUUCAAUCUAGCACUCGUCCGUUCCUCUUUUUUUUCUUUGCUAAUUUUCUUUCUCUCUCAGGUCAUUUCCAUGGUUUUCAGAUCUCCUUUAGAGCUCUAUCCCUCCCAUUUCUUCCUGCCCAACUUCGCUGAUCGGCCCUUGCUCGUUGCGAGCAGCGCGCCCAGCGCCCGGUCUCCCGAAGACUUGUCCAUGUUUCAGCUACCGACCCUCAACUUCUCCGCGGAGCAGGUGGCGAGCGUCUGCGAGACGCUUGAGGAGACCGGCGACAUCGAGCGACUGGGUCGCUUUCUGUGGUCGCUGCCGGUGGCGCCGGGCGCAUGCGAGGCCAUUAACAAACACGAGUCUAUUCUGCGCGCCCGUGCUGUUGUCGCCUUCCACACGGGCAACUUCCGCGACCUGUAUCACAUCCUGGAAAACCACAAGUUCACCAAGGACUCGCACGGCAAGCUGCAGGCCAUGUGGCUCGAGGCUCACUACCAGGAGGCCGAGAAGCUGCGGGGGCGCCCGCUCGGACCCGUCGAUAAGUACAGAGUGCGCAAGAAGUUUCCGCUGCCCAGAACCAUAUGGGACGGAGAGCAGAAGACGCACUGUUUCAAGGAACGGACGCGCAGUCUGUUGCGGGAGUGGUACCUGCAGGACCCGUAUCCCAACCCGAGCAAGAAACGGGAACUGGCGCAGGCCACUGGACUCACUCCUACACAAGUCGGAAACUGGUUUAAAAACCGGAGGCAAAGGGACAGAGCAGCGGCAGCAAAAAACAGGCUCCAGCACCAAGCCAUAGGACAGAACGGCAUGCGCUCGCUAUCCGAAUGCACUCCGCAUAGCUCGGCAGAGUCGCCGUGUACCGCCGCCAGUCCCACCACCAGCGUAUCGAGCGUCACGGAGCGCGCAGACAUGGCAACAUCCAUCCUUUCCGUAACGUCCAGUGACUCUGAAUGCGACGUAUGAUACACAAGUAAAAGAGAGAGAAAUAUUUGCAGGGAAUAUGGACCCGACUAAACAUUAUGAAAUAUCGGGGGAAAAGGACCAGAAUUAUUCAGAGAAAGAGAGAAAAAAGAAAAGAAAAAUAUAAAAGCACGUCUUUUUUUUUCCAAGCGCUUUCAACGGGACCCACGCCUUUCCCCUACCCCCAUCACUUGCAUGUAAUAGAUAGCUUUUUUAUACGCAGGAAAUAACCUUUCGCUCGAUGUUUUCUGCCAGGAUGACCGAGAAGAGGACAUUUCCAGAAACCGUCUUUUUUUUAUUGUUUUUAAUUCGAGUGGUAAUGCACAGCGCAGCCAGGAUGCAAUCCUUCUUUUUUUAUUUUCAUCAGACAAUCAUUUGAGUCGUAAGCACCUUUUUUUCACUGCUUUCACUGCCUGUGUGGGGUACUGGUCAAAUGUGGAACUGUAUCAGAUUUUUUAUUUUUAUUUCCAGAUUUUAUAUUGAAUUAUGCCUAUAUCCUAAAUAAUGCGAUCAUUCUCCCAGUUUGUAAUAUAUGUGUAGAAAUAUGGCUGUAUAUAAUAUUGCUCUACGUCUCCGUUGUCUUUUCUAUUCCUGGUUACUUUUCUUGAAUCGGUGUUCAUAACUAUUUGUCAGAACGUAAUUAUUAAGCGCUCUAAAUGCUUUGUUUCUCCGUUUUAAUACACUGAGUACAAUGGUUUCAGUCGAGAUUUAUGCAAAAGAAGAGUAACAACAAAGAUGUGAAAUAUAAUCGACUGCUCAAAGGAAUAUUUCAUGUUUAACCACGAGCGCUUAAUUAUUCUAUGUUACUUUCUUGCGUGUUUAUGUUAAUGUAUACAUUUCUAAGCUAAAAUACAGUAUUCCAUUUUAUAAUUAUGAAUUAAGUUGAUGAUUUCCUUGCCUGUCAAUAUUAGGCACAGUGAUAGCAUUUACUUUCCAAAUGUCAAUGGUAUUAACUGAAGAAGCCUUUAUCGGUAUAUCUUCCACUAAGGUCUACUUUCUGGACGAAAGGAUUAAUAAAAUAUGGCUAUAGGGCGAAAUAGGGCGAAAUGGCUAUAAAUACUAAACGGGAAGCUUUUAGGAUACGAAAACUCGCUCUCCUUUUGCCCAUAGUCAGUAAUGAAUACAAAAAUUAAGUAAACGCACCAUUAAAUGGACUAAUUAUGAAGAACUCCUCCCCUGGCCCAAUCUCCUAUUGUAGCCACAAUGAAAGGGCUUUUCAUCCAAAAGCGAGAAGCAGUACGGACAGAAAAGCCUUCCUCGGGCCCAAUUCACCCUAUCAGCCCAUUCACACCUCAUAUCAACCACGAAGAAAACUUACUAUAAAGGUUUUAUUUGGAUAGUGGGAUACAGUUUGGCUUACCUUAAAACAGUUAAAAUAGUAUAUAAGCAAACACACACACACACACACACACACACACACACACACACACACACACACACACACACACACACACACACACACACACACACACACACUCAUAUGAAGCAUUCAUUUGCUUCUACACAUAGCAAAAUAACCUGUCUUCUCUUAUGAUGUCCAAACAAUGGCACUAUUCGUACAUUAUUUUCUUUCGUACCUAGUUUUUCUUGUCAGUGGAUAGUUGGACGAAAAUAGUAAGACUGUACCGUGAAUGUGAACGGGCAACCAAAUGUCACUUUACUUAGUGUCCCCAAACCCCCAGAAUACCUGACCAUUAUUAAAUAUUUUAACUAUUAAUCCAAUCACAAAAGACGAAUUUACAGCAGCACAUUAAUUUUUUACAAUUUAAAAAAAAAAAACAUAAUAAUAAUAAUCCGUUCUAAUCUUCAUUCAGCCUGAGAGUGAGUGAAUCGGUUUAUAAGAGAAG